AUGAACUCAAAAUAUGGCAGCUCUUUCGUCUGGGCUGCCAAUACGCCAUCCAGACUGAGGAAGACCCGGAAACUUCGGGGCCACGUGAGCCAUGGCCAUGGCCACAUCGGCAAGCACCAGAAACACCCAGGAGGCCAGGGUCAUGCUGGUGGCAUGCAUCAUGACAGGAUCAACCUUGACAAAUAUCACCCAGGCUACUUUGGAAAAGUUGGUAGGAGGCAUCACCACUUAGAGAGGAACCAGAGCUUCUGCCCAACUGUCAACCUUGAUAAACUGUGGACCUUGGUCCUUGAGCAGACAUCCAUGUCUGCCAAAAACAAGACAGGAGCUGGUCCUUGCAUCGAUGUGGUGCGAUCGGGCUACUACAGAGUUUUGGGAAAGGACAAGCUCCCCAAACAGCCCAUCUUCGUGAAGGCCAAAUUCUUCAGUAGAAGAGCCAAGGAGAAGAUUAAAGGUGUGGAGGGCACCUGUGUCCUGGGAACUUAA